AUGGCGAACCAGGCAGAGAUUAUCCAUCCCAAGAAGCUCCCGAGCGACACGCAUCAUGUCAUCGUCAAGCUUGAGGCGAUACAUGUUGAUGCCCCCGAGAUUGAUUCGUCGCCCUACACACACGAAUCUAUAGUGUACGAUUACACACCGGCGACAGCGCACGAGCUCAUCGCAGCAAGGCUCCACGAGGCAAGCAUAUUCAUCACGACAAUGGUGCCUGUCAACGCCCAUACUCUCGGAGAGGCCCCUCACCUGAAAUGCAUUAUCACAGAAACAACCGGCACGAACCACAUUGACCUUGACGAAUGCCGCCGCCGCGGCGUGACUGUCUUCUACUCACCAGAUGCCACAUUGGAGGCCGUCUCUGAACACGCUCUGGCCAUGUACUUUACCCUCCGCCGUCGCCUGCUUGUCCUCACCAACGCCAUGUCGACCUACACGCCAACGACCCCGAAUACAUGGAAAACCAGCGGCACCAUGUCCGGCCUCCUCCGCGACUCCGAGGGUCGCCCGCCACACACCUGCCAAACCGAGACUGUCGGUAUCCUCGGCUACGGGCCCAUCGGUCGCCGCAUCGAGACUCUCUGCAAAGCCCUCGGCAUGCCGACUCUCGUCGCUGCUCGGAAAAACCAAGCUCUGCCUGUCCCGGCGGGCCGGACCCCAUUUGCCGACGUCCUCCGCACCGCGACAGUCAUAUUCGUCGUCGUUCCGCACACACCGGAAACGGUGAAUUUCAUCGCGACGGAGGAAAUUGCAACGAUGCGGCCUAACGCCGUUCUCAUCAAUGUCGGUCGCGGCGGCACGAUCGAUGAGGCAGCACUCCUGGCGGCUGUGCGUGAGGGGCGGCUGUAUGGUGUCGCGACGGACGUUUUUGCCACGGAACCUGCGGGCUCAGGAGCUGACAGCGUGCUGCUCGGAAAAGAGAUUCAGGAGGACGGGCUCAACGUUGUGCUAAGUCCGCAUCUUGCCUGGUGCGCAGACACGACGAGGCUGAAUGUGAGGAGAGUUGUUGGAGAGAACCUCAAGACGUAUUUCACAGGGGGAGAUAAGAAUCUCGUCUUGGAGGGAAGGAACUAG